CGUAAGGAAAAUUUAUGCUACUGUUUUUUUGAGUCAAAAGCGCGAGCGGGACGUCUGGUUUUGUACAUACGGAAGCAUUGUAUAAACUAGUCGAUGUUUUAGAAUUAUGGGUGAUAAUAAAAGAGCAUCUUAUAGUCCGAUGAAUGCAGAACUUCUUCGUGAUGAGAAAGAGCCUUUGCGGGAGGCAGAUUUAUCUUCUAAGGAUAUGGUGUGGGUUCCUCAUGAACGAGAAGCAUUUGUCGCAGCUAUUAAGCUUCAAGAACAAGGAGAAAACGUUGUAGUACAGCUCGUAGAGUCAGGAAAGAAAUGUACGUUUCCUAAGGAUUAUGUUCAAAGAAUGAACCCUGCAAAAUACGACAAGAUAAAGGACAUGGCAAACCUAUCCUUUAUGAAUGAAGCAUCAGUCUUAAAUAACUUAAAAACGAGAUAUUAUUCAGGAAUGAUCUAUACAUACUCCGGAUUGUUUUGUGUGGUUGUUAACCCAUACAAACGAUUACCGAUCUAUGACGAAGAGAUAGUAGAGUGGUAUAAAGGAAAAAAGCGCCAUGAAAGACCACCACAUAUAUUCGCUAUUGCUGAUGGAGCUUACCGUAGCAUGCUUCAAGACCGUGAGGAUCAGUCGAUUUUGUGCACCGGUGAAUCAGGAUCUGGAAAGACCGAAAAUACGAAAAAGGUAAUACAAUACCUCGCAUGUGUUGCCACGUCUGCAAAACAUCAAAAAACAUCAGCCAAAAAUGUAAUGUCAAAGUUUAACACAAAAGAUUUCAGUAUUGGUGAACUUGAAGCACAACUUUUGAAGGCAAAUCCCAUUCUUGAAGCCUUUGGAAAUGCCAAAACAAUUAAAAAUGAUAAUUCUUCACGUUUUGGUAAAUUUAUUCGUAUUAAUUUUGACACAUCUGGAUUCAUUGCUGGAGCUAAUAUUGAAACAUAUCUUUUAGAGAAAGCUCGUGUUAUUCGUCAGGCAGUGGAUGAACGCAGCUUCCACAUAUUUUAUCAGCUUUUGGCAUCAGCUACUCCAGCAAUGCAACAACAACUAUUAUUAAAUCAUGCUAGUGCUUAUCGUUUCCUUUCAAAUGGUAUGAUCGAACUUCCGGGGAUCGAUGAGCAACAGUUUUUCCGUGAAACAACUGAAGCCAUGGAUAUAAUGGGAAUUAAUAACGAAGAUCAAAAUGCCAUAUUCCGCGUGAUAUCUGCUGUGCUUCAUCUAGGAAACUUAGAAUUUCGUCAGGAACGAAGUUCUGACCAAGCAACUUUACCAGAUCAUUCAGUCGCUGAAAAGGUAUCCCAUCUUCUGGGUAUCCCUCUGAAUGAAAUGGUCAAAGCGUUUUUGAAACCGCGCAUCAAAGUUGGGAAAGAUCUGGUGUCAAAAGCUCAAACCAAGACGCAAGUGGAAUUCGCUGUUGAAGCUAUUUCAAAAUCUAUCUACGAAAGGCUCUUUCUUUGGUUAGUCGCACGAAUAAAUAAAACACUUGACAAAACUAGACGACCGGGUGCAUCAUUUGUCGGGAUUCUCGAUAUAGCUGGUUUCGAAAUCUUCCAAGUGAAUUCUUUUGAACAGCUAUGCAUCAAUUAUACGAAUGAGAAACUUCAACAACUUUUUAACCAUACAAUGUUUAUCUUAGAACAAGAUGAGUAUACUCGUGAAGGCAUACCAUGGGAAUUUAUAGACUUUGGACUUGAUUUGCAACCGACAAUCGAUCUAAUUGAACGACCUAUGGGUAUCUUCGCCUUGUUGGAUGAAGAAUGCUUCUUUCCUAAGGGAACUGACAAGUCGUUUGUUGAAAAACUCAUCAAAUCUCAGGAUAAACAUCCAAAACUGUGUAAAACUGAAUUUCGAUCUAAUGCUGAUUUCGGUGUUAUUCACUAUGCUGGUCGAGUUGAAUAUAAUUCAAAUCAAUGGCUAAUGAAAAAUAUGGAUCCUCUCAACGAUAAUGUGGUCGCACUGCUUCAGGCAUCAAAUGAUCCAUUUGUUCAGGCUAUGUGGAAAGAUGCCGAAAUUGUAAGCAUGUCAGCCACUACUACGACCGACACCGCUUUCGGUUCUGCUCGUAGUGUUAGAAGGGGAAUGUUCCGUACUGUAAGUCAACUCUACAAAGAUUCACUUAUACGUUUGAUGACUGUAUUGAAAAAUACGUCUCCAAACUUUGUCCGUUGUAUCAUUCCAAAUCAUGAAAAAAAGCCAGGGCGAAUUGAUGGUCCUUUAGUUUUGGAACAACUUAGAUGUAAUGGUGUGCUGGAGGGCAUAAGGAUUUGUCGUCGUGGUUUCCCCUCGCGUAUCCUCUUCCAGGAAUUCAGGCAAAGAUAUGAAAUUUUAACUCCAAAUGUUAUCCCAAAGGGAUUUAUGGAUGGUCGUAAAGCCGUUACUGAGAUGUUGAAGGCUCUCGACUUAAGUCAAGACGUCUACUGCAUUGGUCAUAGUAAAAUAUUUUUCAAAGUUGGUGUCCUGGCUCAGUUAGAAGAAGACCGUGAUAUACACUUGACUAACUCGAUCAUUAAAUUCCAAGCAUAUGCUCGUGGUUAUCUAGCCCGACGAGCUAAGGAACAACGCAUACAAAACAUUCAAGCUAGCAAAAUAAUCCAAAGGAAUUGUGAUGCUUACCUUAAACUGAGAAAUUGGCCCUGGUGGCGUUUGUUUACAAAAGUUAGACCACUUCUUACUGUUACUCGCCAAGAAGAUUUGGUCGCUGUUAAAGAAGAAGAGCUUCGGAAGAUUCGUGAACAAAUGGAAAAAGUUGUCAGUGAGCUUAAUGAAAUGCAAAGAUCCUACGAAAAGUUAAGCAAUGAGAAAGUCCAGCUAAAUGCUGAAUUACAACAAGAACACGAUUCAAAUCAAAAUUUACAGACAGAGCGUGAUCGUCUACGCGAAAAAUUACAAACUUUAGAAGAAGACUAUAUGGAACUUGAGAAUAGAGAUAGUGAAGAAAAAUCAAAAUUACAUAACCUGGAAGCUGAACAAAAACGUCUGUUAGAACAGAUAUCAGAUUUAUCAGAUCAGUUAGAAUUGGAAGAACAACAACGCCAAAAAUUACAAGUUGAAAAGACAUCUAUCGAACAAAAAGUUUCUCAACUUAACGAUGGCUAUGUUAGCAUUGAAGAUAAAUAUAAUAAACUUGUUAAAGACAAAAAGCAGUUGACUGAUCGAAUAGAUUUGUUAACUAGUCAGUUAGCAGAAGAAGAAGAGCGUAGUAAACAAUUAACUAAACUUAAAAGUAAAUAUGAAAGUAACCUUAAUGAACUUCAGGAUAAACUUGUCCGUGAACAAAAAUCUCGUCAAGAUAUCGAAGUGGCAAAAAGACGACUUGAAACUGAGGCUUCCGAACGUCUAGAUCAAGCAUCGGAAUCGUCAAGGAUUGUUGAGGAGCUCCGAGCCACAGUGGCUAAACUUGAGGCAGAAGUUGCUCAAUUACAAAAUCGAUUAGAUGAAGAGAUUGUUGCCAAAGCUGUGGCACAAAAAUCAGUGCGAGAAUAUAAAUCACAUAUUCAAGAACUCAAAGAAGACUUAGAAGCUGAACGAAUGGCUCGUGACAAAGCUGAUGAAGCUAAAAGAGAUCUGACGGAAGAAGUGGAGGCGAUGAGAUUAGAACUCAUUGACAGUGGAACAAACAGCGAGGCACAAACUCAAGCUCUCCGAAAAUAUGAAUCUGAUUUAUCCAACCUACGUCAUCAGCUUGAAGCUCAGUCAAAUGCCCAUGAAGCUACUAUUCAAGAUAUGCGCAAAUCUCAUGCCGCAACUCUAGAAACAUUAAACGAUCAAAUUGAACAACUUAAAAAAAGUAAAGUUUCCUUAGAAAGAUCAAAAGUUCAACAAGAUUCAACAACUGAUGCAUUACAGAAACAAAUUCAAAGCCUUAAACAAGACAAAACGGAAAUUGACAAACGUCGUCGUCAAGUUGAACAGCAACUAAAUGAAAGUUUAGUCAAAAUGCAAGAAACAGAAAUGCAACGUAAUGAUUUAGAGUCCAGACUCACUAAAGCAUUGAAUGAAAUUGAAGGUUUGAAUAAUGCAAUGGAAGAAAUCGAAACUAAAUUAGGCAAGGUCUCGCGUUCUGAAACCUCUGCACAAUCUGAACUCAAUCAUUUACGUGCACGUUUGGAAGAAGAAACUCAGGCAAAAUUAAGCUUACAGUUACAGUUACGUCAAGUAGAGGAUGAAAGAGAAACAGUAAAGGAUUCACUGGAUGCUGAAGAACAAGCCAAAACUGCCCUAGAGAAACAUAUUAUAGCACUUACUACUCAGAUGCAAGAUGCAAAGAAAAAAGUGGAGGAAGAUACACAUUAUUUGGAAACCUUGGAAGAUGCACGUAAAAAACUUCAACGCGAAUUGGAUGAUACCCGGAAUCGUAAUGAAGAACUUGUUUCACAAGUUGAAAAGUUAGAGAAGUCACGCAAGAAAUUACAAAGUGAACUUGAAGAUAUGAAUCAUGUCAUGGCUAGUCAACGAUCUGAUCAAGCUAAUAAUGAACGUCGAAUCAAGAAAUUAGAAUCAACUCAUGCAGAAACUGUUAAUCAACUUAAUAGUUUUCAGGCUCAAAAAGAUGCAUUUUAUCAAGAAAUGCUUGAAAAAGACACAAAAUUAUUCACACAAAAGAAUGAAAUGGAAAAGCUUAAAGAACAGUUAGAAGAGUCAGAACGCCAGCGUUCAUUACUCGCUCGUGAAUUAGAAGAACUUGGUUCUCAUGGGGAUGAUGCUGGUAAGAGUUUAGUAGGGUUGGAACAAACGAACUAUCGUCUAAAUGAACGAUUAAAAGAAACUCAACAACAAAUAGAAGAACUAGAAGAUGAGAUUUCGACAUUUACCAUGGAGAAACAACGUGCAGAGGUUCAAAUGAAUGCUGUUCGCACUCAACUAGAACGAGAAUUGGCGUCUCGCGAUGACUUGCUCGAAGAACAAAGACGUCAAUCUCUUAAACGUAUAAGAGAACUUGAAACUGAAUUAGAAGAAGAACAAAGAGAACGUGCUAGUCAUCUUAAUGUUCGCAAAAAAUUGGAAACUGAUCUUGCAGAUAUUAGUCAACGCUUUGAAUUAGCGAAUCGACAAAAAGAAGAAGCUGUAAAACAAUUGAAAAAAUACCAAGGUGUUACUGGUGGCAUUCAGCGUGAACUUGAAGAUGCUGCCCGUGCUCGUGAUCAAGCUAUAGAUUCUGCACGAGAAUUGGACAAGAAAUAUCGUAUGCUGGAUGCAGAUAAAGCUCGACUUCAAGAAGAUUUAGGUGUAAGUGAAAGAACUUGUCGUAAUCUAAAGAGUGAUUUAAAUGAAGCUUUGGAAGAGUUAUCUAUUGCAAAUAAUGCCAAAACUUUAGCACUGGAAGAAAAGAAGCGUUUAGAAGCUCGUAUUACUGCUUUAGAGGAUCAACUGGAAGAAAUACAAAGUGCCAUGGAUGCUACAGAAGAGCGCCACAAACGAGUCUACUGUCAAAUGGAACAAGCUCAGACAGAUUUAAGCGUCGAGAAGAAUAACUUCCUACGUUCAGAGUGUCAGAGAAUCUCUCUUGAAAAACAGGUGAAAGAAUUACGCGAUAGGCUAGUUGAAGCUGAAAAAGAAGGAGGUCGUCGUGGUAAAGCUCAAAUUGCAACAUUAGAAGCUCGUUUGACAACCUUAGAUGAGCAACUAGAAGCAGAAAAACUAGAGAAGUUAAAUGCAAAUAAAAAUUUCCGCAGAGCUGAAAAGAAAUGCAAAGAUUUAAUCCUCCAAAAUGAUGAUUUGAGACGAUGUGCAGAAGCGUUGAAGGAAUCUUUUGAAAAAGCUCAAUCUUCAUGUAAACAAAAUAAACGAGAAAUAGCAGGUCUUGAAGAAGAGAACGCCAGAAUCAAUGCAAGAUGUCGCCGCCUCCAAAGAGAUUUGGAAGAAGUAAUGGAAGCUAAACGAACCAUUGAACGAGAUCUACAAAAUCUUCGUAAACUUAGUCGAAGUACGACUCGUCCAAAUCGUCAAUUGCCGACAGUACUUUCAACACUUUCACCUGAUGUUACAGUAGAUGAACAUAAUUCAGUGAGUGAAUUGGAUUCUAUGACUAGUGAUUUUGGAAGCGGUGGGUCAGUUGCUACUCACAACAAUAAUAAUAAUAAUGCUUCUACGCCUUCAGCUAAUGAAAAUUGAAUUUUUUUCUAUUAUCUACAAACUAUUAUUAUUAUUAUCACAAAAUAUCACUGGGAAAGUCUUGUUUUACUUUCCUAUUUUUAACCUAUUUUGGGCAACUCAUAGUACACAAAUAUGCUGUCACACAAUUUGCACGAACAGCUAUACACUUUAUCUAUGGUAUACUACUAUUAUGGCUGGUGUGUUAUUUUUCUCAUCACUACAUCACAAUUUCCAAAGCCAACCUGAGUUUACUCCGCGUACAUAUAUACGUUAAUGUGUAUGGCGGUUGUUCCAAUUCUCUAUUAACUAACACUACAAGUAUUAUUAUCUUGAUAAUCAUGGUUGCUUUAUGUAUCGGAAGAAUUUUCAUUCCUUUACACUAAGGUGCGUCUCUAAAACUUCGAACCUUGGUGUUUUCAAACCUCCGAUUUUUUUAACAAAAUAGAAAUAAACUUUUUCUAACUUUGUUGGUUUUUUAAUGAUUCUGAUUGGCUUUUUAUAAAAAAGUUUUGCCCUUUGCUCCAUUUGUAAAUCAAUGUUAAAACUAACAACAUAUUUGUUAUUGCUUGUUUAAUUAUGAUAUAUAUUUCAGCCAUUAUCAGCAGUCAAAUACAUCACUCUAAAUAUGGCACUUAUUACUUUUCUUAAGAUAUGUUCUUUCCUUUUUGUUCUACAAAUAUUGCGUCCAACCGUCAACAGUUAGAAUUGUUGAAAUUUAUGCUAUCUGCCUGCCUUCUCUGCAAACAAAACUAAUUUAAAAUUGAUAUGAUGUUUUCUAUCUUGAGAUGCGUUUUUUAAAAAAAAAUUAUACUUGCACAACCUAUAGUUCUUUUCUGUCUUUGACCUUCGAUGUCAAUCUGAACGUUAUCUUUAGCUCAGAUUUAUUUGUUUCCCUUCUGACCACAGAAUAAGCAAUGCUUGGGUUAUGAAUAAAGUACUAGGUAAAUAUGGCAAGUCGAUUGGUUAAGUAGUGAAUCUUCAUCAAGUUAGGUGUAUGGGACAUGUCACUUAUGCCUAUCCACCACCUUUCUAGACGAGCAGUGUCUGAUGUAAGAGUAGGCUAAUAAGAAAGGUAGGGGCGGCCAAAUUAAGACAACAUCCGUUCAUGAAAUCAUCGAAAGUUGGAGUGAGCCAUGUUAAUAGGUGUAAACUACCUGGUUGAGCUCUGCGUGAUCAUCGUAUCCUAUGGUUACAGACCUUAAAUGACAUGGCCCAAUGUAGUUUGAAUCCUGAAUGCCUGAUUUGUUCCAUUGCCAUUCAUACUGAUACUACCUCUACUGUUGUGGGAUUUGGCUUGACAGUUUCAUCUUUGUGCUAAUAGAGUUUGACAGGUUGAAUCGAUGUACAUACAGGUUUUAUGUCGUGACUCUGGUUUUCCUUCUGAUUUGUUACCGUCGGUUGUUUUAUUUGAAUAAAUCGAUGUAUGUAAUACUGGUUACAACAUGUACAAUUCACCAUUCGAUUCAUGUAUUCUUUUGUAGAACAGUGGAUACUAUUAUUGCAUAUUUUUUAAUCCAUAUGAGGUAGUUACAUCUUAAGAUACAAUCCAUAUCUUUAUAGAUAUUUUAGUAUGCAUUUAGAAACUUCAGUUCUAUAACUUAUCCUUUAGUGCCUUAACUGCACUUCAUCCUUGUUUUUUAAAAUGGUCCUCUCAAACAAGUGUCGCUGUAUUCGAUUAUUCUGUCGUUCAUUUCAACCAUCAUAACUUUUAAGGUAGUAUGAUACUUCUCACAUGUUAAUCUGUUUGGAUUAUAGACAUGCAUACUCAAGCACAAAUCGAAACGUCUGAAUUAAUGAUUAUUAUCCUAUUAUACGAGUAGUGUACAGCUAUUUAUCUUGUUGUGGAUGUUUUUCACACCAAUUUACAAUUCUCUAGCAUACAGAUAAUAAUUGUUUACAAUUCAAGUAACUGACUCAGUAUUCCACUAGACAAGAUUUACGUAGGUAGCUUAGUGAGAAUUCAAUCGAUAAAGCGAGCUACUGAGUUUGUAGGUAUAUAAUAUUGAGUCACAUGUGCACCAAAAUGUUCUGUAAAGUAUAUUUUGAUAGUAUAUGCAUUUUAUAUUUUCCAUUCAGGAAAAAACGCAGAUUUAUAUAGUAUAUUCAAUUUAAAAUUUUUUACCCAGAUUAUGAUGGAACCUAAUAUUUGAAUAUCAUUGUGGUGUACGCUACUUAUGUCUGUUGACAUAAGUAGUGUGCAACACCGACCAGAAAUGGAAUACCUAUCAAAAGAAGGUUAGGAAAAUUGAACCGG